AUGUCAGAAGGAAAACGAGUUUCGCUGCAGUCUAUUGGUCCAGCCAAGAAAGACAAAAAGUGCAAGUCAACAUCCACAACUAUCCGGUUGAAUUUGACUCUCCCCGCUAACAAUUCGGACACUUUUGCUGACUUUAAUUAUAAUACUCUGAUAUUAAACGAAAAAAAAAAGAAAGAGAGAAACAAAGAUAAGGAUGAUAAACUGAAUGGGGGGAGCACAUUAGAUCCUUAUGCAUCAGAUGAUGAAGAUAAUCUACGCCGAAUUGCUACUAGUUUUGAAUCCAAAUAUGGUACACCUAAAAAAAAGUGUCGUCGUUUAGAAGACUACACAGAACUUGGAACAGGAUAUGAUGAAAGUGACUCAUUUAUUGACAAUACUGAUGCUUAUGAUGAGGUAGUGCCUGAAGAUCAAACUCCAGAAUUGGAUGGAUUUUACAUCAACAAAGGUCAUUUGAUUUUAAAACGAGUUGAUGGACGCUCCUCUUCAGACCACUCUGAUUCCGAAGAGAGUGAAGGACCCCAGAAUAUAAAAAGCCACAAGCGGCCGUUGUCAUCCGAAAGUGAAUCUGGUAGUUCAGAGUCUUCAGAUGACUCUGAUGACAGUGAUGACAGUGAAGAUUCUGAAGAGGAUGAUGAUGAAGAAGAAGCAGAUACGGAAAUACCAAAAGAAACCAAAUCUAAUCCUAAAGAAGUUAAAGAAGAAAAAAGCAAUGGCCAUGGUAGCAUUCCUGCCUCCAAGAAACCCAAACUUUUGGACACAUCCUCUAAGAAAGUGAAGAAUAAAGCUAUUUGCGGAGUCUUCCUUAAGAAGGCAGUGAGUGAAAGGGAACACAAUGAAAAACGGCUUAAACAUGAUAUGUUUGAAAUGGCAUCCACUGAAAAACGUGUCAGCAACAAUAUCAGUGUUAAGACUCAAAGCGAAAAGCACUGUAACUUGGAGAGCGAUGUUAAACCAAUAAGCACCAUUGAUGCAGCCAUAGAAGCUGUGGCUCGGGGUGAGGAUUCAAAAGAGAGUGGUAUAGCAGAAUCCAAAUCUCACUCAGGUUCUUCUGAUGAAUCUGGCUCUGAUGAAAAUGGAAAAGUAAAUGGUCAAUCAAACGGUGCAAUGAGAGUUGCACCUCCUUUACCAUCAGACCUCCCACCUAAUGUUAUGUCUGUAAUAUCUGCUCUCAAGGAAGUGGCUGUUAAAAAUUCUAGCCUAAACAAAAAUAAUUUCUUUACUUCAGAGAUCAAUGCAUUGUUGUUGAAAUUUGAAAAAUUCUUGCGAUUCGUUCCAAGAGAAAAGAAGGCUGGCAUCUAUGAACACCUUGAAUUUUACUUACCUUGUCGUAAGGAGACUUUAAUAAAAAGGGGCAAAGCAUUACUUAUUGAAGGUGUUGAGAAGGGUUACAAAGAGCCACUUUUAAGAUUAAAAAUAGGAAUAACUAAUCUGAUGCCAAAUGCAAUGGAGAGAUAUCAGUCAAUGUGUAGAAAGUACGAAAGCCUUGAGUCAUCAGCUGACCCUACAGAUGCCUCUAAACCCGCUGACAAAACCAAAACACCCCGUAGAAGGUUCCCUUGGACUGAUGAAUUGAAGGAUGUCUUUGUUCGUGCUGUGAGGAAGCGUAAGGUUUACUUUGGAACAGUAAAACAGAAAGAUGAGGUAUGGGAAGACCAUCUUCGUGAAUUUUUGAAGAAUGAGCUCGUUCCAAUGUGGGAACCUGGAUGGAUGAAGUUAGCCAGUCUACUUGAUAUCAUUUCCAAAAUUUCUCCUGACCUUCUUCAGUUCAAACCGCCAUCAAUGAACUCUGAUGACCUGAAGAAAAACCUCGUUUGCCCAACCAAAAAACCAGCGAUAAAGGUUAAACAAAGCUGCGAUGAUAUGAAAGUGGAAACUUCAGCAAAGAAAAUGAGCUCAUCACCCAUUAAUAUUUCUGGGAAUUCCAAACCUUUGCAAAGUGUGAAUCAUCAGCAGGCCUUCAUUAAUACUCAGCAGGUUUCAUCUAGUGAAGUUGGUGUCAAACAUGAAGUACCUGUGAAUAGCUCUCGGACUGCUUCAAGUGUGAGUUUGAUGCAAUCAAGCAUUUUUCCCUCUUCUAACCAAACAAAUGCUUUGGACUUAUUAGGUAAUGAAAUAGCUGAAACUCUACGAACAUCUCUUGCUAAUAGUUUAGUAAGUGUAACUCCAGUUCAGAGUUCAAGCUCACACUUAAGUCAGAGCAACAUACAUAGUUCUAUUUCAUCUAGGAAGUCACUUGGUAGUAGUGUUGAUAUUAUCAAUCUCAAAACUAAUGGGAUUGAUUCAAGCAUUGAAGUGGUCCCGAAGAAACGUUCGCCUGCUGCACCAAGUGCUACACAAAGUGGCCAACACAAUCCUAGUGUAGUACAACCUUUAAAUAUGGAUUUGCAGUUUUUGCCUAAAUCGCAAUCAGCUUCUAUAUCUAUUGCAUCACCCACUCAAACGACCCAACAGUUACCCUAUCAUUCAUCUACGUCACACAACCAAAUUAAGGUGUCCAGUGUAUCAGCGAUUAAUUUGAAGCUUAGUGGCCCCCAAUCUCAAGCUCAGUCACAUCCUUCAUCCAAUAAGCCAAAUAUGGCUCAGCCUCCAUCGACUAAAGCAAAUAUGGCUCCACCCUCAAGUAAGGCAAAUAUGACUCAGCCUCAAUUUAAUAAGUCAAAUAUGACUCAGCCUCCAUUGAGUAAGGCAAAUAUGACUCUGCCUCCACCAAGUAAGGCAACUAUGUCUCAAACUCCAUUAAAUAUGACAAAUAUGCCUCAACCUCCAUCUAGUAAGUCAAAUUUGGCUCAACUUCCAAUCAACAAGACAAAUCUGGCUCAACCUCCAUCAAGUAAGGCAAACAUAUCUGGUAAAUCAAGCAUGCCUCAGCCUACAUCCUGCAAGACAAGUAUGUCUCAGCCGCCAUCAAGUAAGGCCAGUCUAUCACAGCCUUUAAAGAGCAACAACCAUCUAAUGUCUGGACAUCAAGGCACAGGAUCAUUUAGUGGCCAGUCUGUUAUUUCUCACGGAUUGGAGCCUACCAGCCUUGUAGUCAGCUCAAGCCUGACCAUUACUCCCGUGAGACCAAGCUCUAGCAACGCCUACUAUCAACCGGCCAAAACUCAAGGACAUUCAACUAUUCAAAGCAGCAUCUCUUCAAUAGUUUCUCAUGGGAACCCCAAUGUUCGAAGUGAAGUGAUAGUGACUCCCAGUAGUAGCUCUAGUAUGCCUCAUAUUAAGAGCACCAAUGCCAACUUCAGUGUCAGCAGUGCUGGCAGUGUUUCAUCUAGCAGUAGUUAUACGAGCCCACUGUCCAGUGUCAACAACUUUUCUCCAUCGUAUAGUGGUAGUGUUAAUAACUUUACAAACUCUCGUGGUGGUGGUGGUGGAAAUGCCUACCAGAACACACAUGUAACUGGUGGCAAUGGUUUUUCUAGUUCAUUAUCAAGUUCUGAUACCAGUGUACGGACACACCGAACAGUGGCUAAUGACGCCUCCAUAUCUAGAAACCAUAGUGCUGACAAGAGUGUCUAUUCUCAAUCCUCAAGAAACCAGGUGCCUGAUAAAGCUCCCCACAUGUGGUCAGCACCUGGCCCAUUGGAUGUUUCAAGAAGUCCCUCGUCCUCACCAAUUUCUGUUAAAGCUGUGACCCCUUCACCAGAAAAAGCCAUGGUCAGCAGAAAGGAUCGAAUUCUCCAAGAAACUAGAGAAAGACCAGGAAAUGAUCCUAUGAUGCCAACAUUAAGUGGUCCUUACCGAAAUAGUAUUACCACAAGUGAUGCAAGUAAUACUGCAAGGAAUCUAUCACAGGCAAAAGCAUCAUCUCAAAGCCUCCCUUGGGACGACGAGCUGUUUAUUCUAGAAGAUUUUUUGAAGAUGUCUUCUCAAUCUUCCUCCACACCUCAGAAUACACACAAGGUUUCUACUGCUACCAUGGACAGUUACAAACACCCUCUUUCAGUUUUGGAAUCACAGAGAUGUGACAAUAUUCCAAAUAAAUCUCCUCUUCUUGAUCCUCCAAGGCCCAAAAACUUAACUGUCCCCACCCCUUCAGAUCAACAAAGAGCCAAUGUUGUCAUGCACACUCCCUAUGCACACAAUUCAUCCAAGUCCAGCUCUUUGGGUUUCAUGCAACACCCACGUGACCAGCCUAGGAGUAAUGCCAUAAUAUCGAAUCAUGUUGCUCGUGACUUGUCAAGACCCAGCUCAACAAAGUCCUCAUCUAACCCUGACUCUCAGAGAGCCAAUGUUGUGAUGGCAACCCCUCAUUUUCAAGAAUCGUUAAGAGCCAGUUCUCUGAAGGACGAAAUGAAUGACAUUUUAGCAGGAAUUCCCACCCAAAUGAUUUCUCGAACCGACCAUUACACCAUCACCAAUUCUAUGGCUGCCCAUAAUGCCAAGAGAAAGAGCAUAUCAGAAAUUUCUGACCAAGAUUCAGACGUGGCCAUUGGUUCCACAACUUCAAUGCGAAGUGACCCAAAGAAUUUGGCAAGUCAAGAAGAAUCUCGUCAAAAAGCACAUGACCUUGCAAUGAGGGGAAUUUUGAUGAGCCGUACAAACUGUGACGACAAUUACAGUGAUGAUGCUUGGGGUGCAGCACCAGUGAAGAAGACUGGUUCUAAUAAGUCAUCAAAUGACAUCUCAGACCAGAGACUGGGUGGAAUGGGCCCUCUAUCGUCACCAUUGAGCAUGACUGGGUUAGAUGAUAUGGGCUUGGGAUUGCCAUCUCACUUACUUGGGUAUCAAAAUGACUACCAGCGGCAUCUCUAUGGAAGCUCAUCAAAGACAACAGGGCCAAAUGACAACCGUCCGUUGUAGAAGACUGUUAAUCUGAUAGAAUCAUCCUCCAGCUACUUCUCUUAUUGUUUAUUACAGUCAGACGCCUCUAUUUAUGCCUGGAUCUUUAUGUUCCUCAAUCACAGUAAUGUGCCUUUCUGUAGCUCAGUCAAGUUUUGGUUUAUAGGGAUUAGUAUCAUGUAGAACAUUCUCGUUAAGAACUGUCUUGAGUUAGCUGUUUAAAAUAAUGCUUCUUUAGUCAUUUUCUCAUCCCAUGUUAGCUAUUGUAUGUAUAUUAUCACUUAAUCCUUGUACUUUUGCUGUCUCUUAAAGAGAGGCCUUAAUAUGUGUUCAUUAUUUUUCACCUCAUAUUUAUCAACUCAAUCCUAUGGUUUUUGCUGCCUAAUAAAGGCACCUUGAAAUCAUUCACUUCCCCCUUCUGCUGCCCUUUUUGCUCUUACCAACAGAUUCCAGCUCAUUUUAAUGUUUAAGUGGCAUUUGUUUAAAAGACUAACAUUGACAGAUUUUAUCCGAUUGAAGGAAGGGGAGAAGUUUUUUAAAUUAUUAGUUUUUGUAAUAAAAUGUUGCUCAAAUGUAAAACUAAAAUGUCUUCAACCUUCAGGUCAUGAAACUAGACAUGUGUCUACAGAUUUCCCUUUUUCAUGUUUGCAACUAUCACUAGUCACAAGAGGGUAUUCACCAACCAUCUGCAAGGAGCUGGAUUUCCAAAUUUGUUGUACAACAAUUUAGCAAGUGUCUUUAAUUAAUUUUGACUCAUUUGUCUCCCAUAGAAACAUUAAGACUUUGUUUCUCAUUGUAACUCUAUGGGUGGUUGUGUUAUUUACUUAUUGUUGGCAAUGCAACUAAAAUUAGGUAACGACUAAAUUUUAUAAUUUUGAUCUCUUGGAACCUACUUUAUGCAUUAUGAAUGUGAGUGAGAGAGAUACUAUUGAAGACUUGCAUUGAUCCUUGGUUUCUCUGGGCCAGUAGUAUAACAAAACUUAAUGUGAUAAGCUGAUCCAAUUUGUAAGUGUAGUGUGAGAGGGCCUGCUUCAUUUUGCAAGUUAACAUUCCAUCUUAAAUUGUGAACUAUUGAAUUUCAGAGUUCUUGGAUAUACUAAUGUAAUGUAUGGAAAACAACUUGCACAGGGGCCUUUUUUGAAUGGAAGACUAUGAAUGAAUGAAUAAAUGAUUGUAUGUAUGUAAGUUAUCAAGUGCAUGUAAAUUUUGUAUGGAUGUUUGUAAAUAGUCCUGUUAACACAAGUUUAAAUGAAGUCACAUUUCAAUAUUUUGUUAUUAAUUUUCGUUGUUUCCUUUCUACUUCUUUCAAAAUGUAAACAGCUGUGAUUUAUGAAAUGUGCUUUUUAAAACUGCCAUGUGUUUGCCAAAUACAUAUUGUGUGGAAAAGUA